CGUUGGCGUUGUGUUGUUGUCGCGUUCGGCCGUUCGGUUCGGCCACAGCGGCUCGGCCCUAGCGUAGCGUCACGCACGUCUUGCCCGUCGCGAGGAAGAGGAACUGCGAGACGUUGUAUCAUCGCCCUGGCCGUGCACAUGAACAACUCGAUCCUGGCCAUGAGGACGGGCCGGGUCCCCCGGCUCGGCGACCCGCACUGCUCGCCGCCGCCACCUGAGACGCCCAGGAUGAGGCUCCCCGCCGUCGCGCCCUGUACGCCGGCGCGGCGCGCGGUCGUGGUGGACCACAUGGUGGUGGCCGACGAUGACAGCGAGAGCGACGCCGAGAUCAUCGGGGACUCCGACGAGCGUGACUCUGACGGCGAGGCCAAGCCGAAGGUGAUCAAGGUCAUCACCAGGAAGCCGCCCAGCGUCGCUAUUGGAAACCAGGAGCCCGCCUGGCACGCCUUGCUUCGCCGCACCCCCAACAGCAGGACGGCGUCCAUCUCCUGCACCGUGCCGAGCGUGCCCAGCGCGCGCGGCCGGGCCGCCCCGAUGCGCCCCGUCGGCCCCGUCCGCCAACAAGCACUGCCCCAGCGAGGCCAAGGCCGCCCCGGCUCCCUCAGUCCGUCCCGGAUCGUCAACGUGCCGGCAAGGGUUUUGGUCCCACGAAACCGGCUGGUGUUCCCUGUCAGUUCGCGCGGAAGAUCCUUCACCAUCAGCCGGCCGCUCGGCAGGCACGGCCAAGGGCACGGCGCCGUGGCCCCGGGGCUCGUCAAGGCCGCCACGCCCGUCCACGGCCGCGGCGUUUUCCGACAGGGCGGCCGCGCGCAGGCAGUGUCCGUCCUCGGCCCCAGGGUGUUCGUGUCUGCCACCGGGCCGCUGUCCGCCCCGGAGAAGGCCGUCCUCGACGGCGUCCUGGACAUGCAGGAGGAACAAGGGCGGCUCCUGGCGCACGACGAGACCAUCAACGGCAUGACGAGCGUCGCGGCCAGCAACGGCCCCAGCUGCAGCACCGAGGCCAGCAGCAGCGACGGCAUUGCCCUCUACAUGGAGAAGUACGGCGUCAGCCCUUGUGACACCUUCCAGUGUGACUUCGACUUGGUGUAGGAAAUUUUAUCCAUCGGUGACUGGUUUGUACUCACCGUUGAAUGAACUGAUCUUUGUGAUAUCACUUAUUGUGAUUGGAUUGAUUUAGCGUAUUUGUUUGUUUUGCAAAAAUGCUAUUGUUUUAGCAUGUUAGUUUGUUUUAAGAGGAACAUGAUCUGACUGCGAUACUUCAGAUAAGAGUGCAUGGCAUGCUCCUCAAGGGAGUCAACCACAAAGCACGCUUCAUCCUGGAGUGUGCUUGCAAA